AUGUUUUCCCGGAUUUUCUUCCGUUCCGCACCGAACUUCAUUCGAUGGACGCCCGUUCGGCUCAAUUCCAAUAAAAUUGACCCGGCAAAAGCGAAAGCGUUCCAAGAAAAAGUGGAUAAAAGUGAGUUAUCUUUAAAACUCUUUAAAAAUCAAGAUUUUCAGUAAAAGUACGACGUGCGUAUGCUCUCGGCGGCUGCCUCAUGUUUAUCUGGAUCUCGACGCACGGAAUUCUGCUGUACAGGUCUUGAAAAUCUGAAAUUUCGCGAAAAAACUGAACACUUUGCAGAAGACGCAGUGAACACCGCCAUUUAAACGAAAAACUGCCGCCAAUCUCGUGGGAAGAGUUUGAGAAAACUUAUUUGGCGAAUGGAGACGUAAUUCGCUUUUUUCUGAGUGAAAACAUGAUUUUCUUAUUUCUCAGGUCAAAACCAUCAUUUUCCAACCGCAUUUCGAGGUGGCCAACGUGUAUUUGAGCUCGGCGCGCGAGCAACAAAUGAAGAAAUCGCUUCUUGACAAGGUGGAAAUCGAAAAAAGUUAUCUUCUUUUGAAAAACUCCAAUUUUUAGGUCCACACAACUCCGGACAAGUUUUCGCGUCCGCCAGACGUCCGAUUUUAUCUGGAAGCUUCUGCAGAGGUUGGUUAUUGAUAAUUGUUAACAAUGUUCCAAAAAUUCGCAAAUAUUUGCAGGAGGUGAAGUCGCUGGUGACAGAGGCGGUGCAAAAGUACAAGCACCCGGUCGAGUACGAAGUCGAUCAAUUUCCGAGCUACCGCGAGCUCUCCUUCAUCAUCGGAUCAUCGCUUUUCGUUCUCGCCGCCGUUUCCCUCGCCAAAUAG